AUGGAAGCAAGGUGGUACACUGACUACUUUGAGACAUCAAUAGUAGCAGAAGAUAUAAAUGAUUCUGAUUUGCUUCGUUUUGCCAAAUUGGACUAUAACAUGCUCCAGGCAAAUUAUCAAGAUGAACUCAAAGAAUUGUCAAGAUGGUGGAAGCGCAUACAAUGGGCAGAGAAAUUUAGCUUUGCGAGGGGAAGGUUGAUAGAGUGUUUCUACUGGAGCCUGGGUUGCAACUUUGGACCUGAGUUUAAAUAUGCAAGGAGUGUGCUAGCUGCUGUUGGUGCCUUCCUAACUACUAUUGACGAUAUCUAUGAUGUAUAUGGUACUUUGGAGGAACUUGAAUUGUUGACAAAAUUAACAAAAAGUUGGGAUGCGGCAGACUUGGAUCAACCAGGGCCUUGA